ACCCGCCCACGUCUUGUGUGCAAUUGUACCUCAGUCAUAAAAUUGGAUUAAAAAUGUCGGGAAAAGUUGAAGACCAAGCAUUUGUGACCCUUGUCACCAAUGACAGAUAUGCGUAUGGUGCCCUGGUUGUUGGACAGUCACUUCGGGAUGUGGGAACCACACGUCAGCUUGCCAUUCUGAUCACUCCAGAAGUGACACAGCCGAUGAGGAGGCAACUCUCCAUGCUCUAUGACUACAUACAGGAGGUGAAUCCUCUAGACAGUCAGGAUGACGCUCACCUCGCUCUCCUUACCAGGCCUGAUCUAGGAAUCACAUUCACCAAGCUCUACUGCUGGCGGCUCACCCGGUACUCUAAGUGUGUCUUCCUAGAUGCAGAUACAUUGGUGCUUCAAAAUGUAGAUGACCUAUUUGAUCGGGAAGAACUGUCAGCAGCUCCUGAUGUAGGUUGGCCGGAUUGCUUCAACUCAGGGGUAUUUGUGUUCAAACCAUCGAAUGAGACAUACAGAGGCUUGUUGCAGUGUGCAGUUACUCAGGGAAGCUUUGAUGGCGGAGAUCAGGGUUUAUUAAACACAUUCUUCAGCGACUGGGCAACAGCCGAUAUCAACAAGCAUUUGCCAUUCAUCUAUAACAUGACAUCUGCAAUCAGCUACUCCUACCUUCCUGCAUUUGUGAGAUUUGGCAACGAAGUCCGCAUUGUACAUUUCAUCGGUCGCACGAAGCCAUGGAUGUACAGAUACAACACGCACACUGGCACCAUCACAAGACCAUCAGAUGUCGAUGUCACCCACGACUCCAUGUACGUCAAAAUAUGGUGGGAUGUUUUCAUGUCGAAGGUCAAAGCGAGAGUUGAACAAGAACAGGGUUCAACUCUCCAAGAUAACAAAUCAGACACACCGCCCUCUUUAGUCCAUCACCAUCACAGUGAUGACUCAUUGUCACACGACUCGUCCAUCUCCGACCACCGCCAUCUUGACCAUCCCACUUCAGAACAAACUGUUCGCUCUCAUGAUGGGUACACAACUGCCCCCCAUCAGUACCAAAUGGGAGAGGGAGGGGUGCAGCAUAGACCCCCUCCCUGUGCACAUGUUCAUUCAAUCGUACCCCAAGAAAGGACAACAGUGCCCGAUGUGGCUUCUAACACUUCACAGUCUUCUGUAAGUGGGACUGAAGGCAGGACUAACCAAGCGCAAGGCCAAGAUGAAGUUAUGACAGCGCCCCCUGUUGUUGACACCAGGCCACAGGGUCAGGUGGUGGAGGGUCAGAGUCAGACACAGUCAGUGCAUUGUAAUGUACCAGAUGAUAACACUGGCAUAGAUCUUGCGAAUGUAUUUGGUGACCUGAGCCUCGAGGGCGACGCUGGCCACCCGGCAGGUCCUCCCUCCCCAAGAGCCAAUCAGCACGCCUGGGAGCAGGGUCAGAUCGACUACAGGGGCAACGACAGCUUCGACAACAUCAUGGGCCGAAUCAGCGAGGUUAUGAGUGACCCUGCCGUAGCAGCCGCAGUGGUUGAUAGCAACAGCAUUACGCCAGUCAACGUGGGUAGCGCAGCUGCAGAAAACAACGCAACAAAAAGUUAAAGAGAUCCUGAAAUUGAACCUUUCAUGUUGGGAUUAUUUUUUAUCAUUUGAGCUAAAUCUAUAGUCGGUGCAAUAACUAGUCACUGAUUUUAUGUUAGUCACAGCAUUCUUACUGACUAAGCUCUAUUUUGCUGCCUAGUCACUGACAGGAAUAAUCAAUGAUUUAGUGAUGUAGUCGCUGAUUUAAAUAGUGAGUCAAGACUAUGAAUUAGUGACUAGUCAUAUUGCUGCACCAAUGAGUAGUCAUAUACGUGGUAACUAGUCAUUGGUGAGUAACUAACUAGUCAUUUUUGGUAAUUGCAUCAUUGACUCAUGACUGACUAUUGAAUCGUCUCUGAUUGCAAUGGUGCUAGUAAAGCCAAUGACAAGUGACCAGUCAGUGACUUGCAUCUCAUUUAUGACUAAUUAAAAUGGCAGAAAUGACUAAUUUGUACUGAUAUGUUGCUAUAAACUACAGAGGUGUCUUAUAUAAUUGAAUGUCACUGAAUCAAACUCAUGGUUAUUAUUUUUGCUGUCACUGUUGAGUCAUAUCUGCAAGCACAGACUCAAAUGAGUGAAUUUAGUCUCACUAUUUCAGACUCUGCGCUAUGCACUAUUAUGCAUUAUGUGAGACCCAAGGUCUGUGUCUGGAGACUAGCUGAAUAAAUUUCAACUUUGAUGUUUAAGGUGUGGUGGAGCACCUCAAUGAUCCUCUGUGCAUUCAUUGAUGGGGAAAUAUUUCCACUGAAAAACAAGUGCUUGCAUUGCAAGUUAGAAAAGCAUGUCAUCUUAGAUGUAAACAAAUAUAACCGUCUGAUACAAGACAGCAGUAAUGUUGGCUUAGGGCUGAGUCAAAACGUUUAACCACCAUUUGAACUGUUAAAAGCAUUAUUAACAUAAAAAAAUAACUUUAUUUCUAAUGAGCACAUAUCCACUCCAAGGAAUGCUUAGGACGCCUGACAAUUCAAUAUAAAUUCAACGUAAUGAACAGUAAAUUAUUAGAAAAAAAAUAUUAUACAACAAAUAUACCAUAGUAGCCGGAAUUAUUUCUCCAAGGUUGGAUCGGCAUUAAGAGGAAAAAUAGUAAUUUUGCCAGUACAACCGAGGGUGAAUAAUUCCCUUUAUACUUUCAAAAUAAAGGUCUAGUAUAUCUGUUUUAUAUCCUACCAGUACAUAUAAUAAGGACAACAGAUCUUGUUCAUAUAGUUCAUCUUUCCAAAAUAUAGAUAACGUGCUCAGUGCGCUGACUGACCUACUUUUCCUGAAGCUACGCGAUCAGCGGAAUGCGCAUUUGUGCCUGCAGCCAUGCCUGCGCCCGAGAGAUUGCGCGCUCUGUGUCAAUGAUCUGUGACGUCAAUGAUGGAAUAGUGCUCUAUUCCAUCAUUGACGUCACGGUAUAGUUAUUUUUCUCCAGUGGGCGUUUCAUUUUCAACAUCAUUGCAAAAUAGUGAGAGUAUGUUUGGUCACAUGAUGCUAUUUAACCAAUCAGUAUGCAUGAUAUAAUAUAUGUAGUAAGUUAUAUAUGAAUAAACAUGAGACUAAUUAUAAUAAUAAUAAUAAUAUAACCAGUAAUUAGUACCAGUUAUUAGUACCAGUCAGCUAAAAAUAAAUGACUGGUCAUGUGAUAUAUUUCAGCCAAUCAUAUGAUUAGGAUCCAUGCCACCAUUUUAUGAUAAAAAAUCACAUGUCACUUCACCACACUUUAAUUUUUUACCUCUGCAAAGUUGAAGGGUUGCGUUCUGAUGUGUCCUGAUGCUAACAUUUGCAUGACGAUUCUGUUGAGAGUUAUGUUAUGAACUUGUCUUCCUCUUGAUGUACAUGUAUUCCGAAGACAGCAACUUGAAUGUCUGCUUGUUUUGUACAAAUGAAUGCAUUUUAUGAGCACAAUUUUCUGAACCUUGUAUUUUGGUUAACAUAUAUUCUUGUUAUUGCAUGAAAAAAAAAGUAAUCAUGUAUAUUUUGAUGUUGAAAGAAAUAUUAUCACUCUUAUGUACCGUAUAUGCUAUUAAGAGUGAGGUUACAAUUUGAACAGUGACUUAAAAAGUAUAUUUACUCAGCCAUUCAUACGUGUUGGCAAAAAAAGGAGAAGAAAAAUAUAUGUAACUGUAUCAGAUAUAAAUGCCUUGUGCCAUAUUUGGAGAGUAUAUUUGAUGGAAAAGGAGAUAUCAGAGAUUUCUGUGUAUAUUUAUUUUGAAAGAUGGACAAAUGAAUAUACUGAUUAUCGUUUUGUGUGAGAUUUGGUGAAUUAGCUUCACAUGGGGAAGCCAUAAAACUACGAGCAUUGUUCUUUUUUGCCCAAAAAAGAAGAAAAGUGCAUGUACAUAUGUAAAAUCAUGAAUUAGUUUGGAACUACACACCGCACAAUAAAAUGUUUGUUGGAAAGAAAUAGUACUUUGCUGUUACUAGCUGAAAAACUUCCGACCCCAAAGGAGAAGAAAAAUUGUUAUGCACUUGUGCUACAUGUACAUUGUUUUAAGUCUUUUCAAGAUCUGAAUCCUGAAAAUUAGUACAUGUAAUGAGAUCACUUGUGGAAUGGUGUCUUGCUACUCUGCAGAGUUCAAAUGGGAAACUCUUGUAGAAAAGAAUGAAAACAAAAAUUCUGAGUAUUAAUGUUUUCACCAUGUUCUGAAGACUAUUUUCGUAAAAUGGUUUACUGCAAGGAUGGCCAACAAAGUGAAAAAAAAAAUAAGUAGGGGCUAAGUGUGAUUAGCCCCUGAAACUUUUGAAAUAGCCAUGGUAAAUUAAACAAAGAGCAACUGUUGAAUGAUAUUUCUAGCCACAGGUCAUAGUGCAUUCAAAUCUAUGAACACAAUAGAUAAACUUCUAAGCAGCCCUCGCUAAUGGAAUUUUAGCUCUUACACUGGCCAAGACUGCUAAUAAGUUUGUGUUAAGCAUGAGGGUAUAGUCCUAUUCUUGCAUUUUUGUGUUUAAUGCAUGUGAAUCUGAUCAGAUUUGAGUUAACCUAUCAUUUUGGUGAUUAUUCAAUCUUUUUGAGGCACUUUCUUCCUCGGUUCAAUCUCGUGAUCAGAAGUGCGACCCAUUCCAUAAAGAACCCACAAUUGUGACUUUGCCAGAACAGCAACUACCAUGAUAACAGGGCUCAGCAGCCAAUUAUAAUGGAGGUUUAGAUAAUAGUUACCAUACUUGUAAGUCCUAAAUGAAAUAUGGCACGUGACGUGUUUCCUUUAAGAAAUAACUAUUCCUUUAUCUGAGUACAAAGUUGGACAUCUUCUUUUUGGUGUGAGAGUCUGUUUGACAUUUUUGUCCCCUUCUUACAGUAUUAUUCACUUGUAUUUUCUGGUAUUUCAAAUUUGUGCCAAGUUUCAUGAAACAACUUGUCCACAGUUUCCGUUCUAAGUCUUCUGGCAUGAAUCUCCCCAUAUGGGCACUAUUAUCUGCAUUCCCCAAUAACUUGUUUUGUCUAUGAUGAAAACUGAAGAUUGAUAAUGACAUGCCGAUUUGCGGGAUCGCUGCGUUAAAUAUAUGACUCCGAAUCUUAACCUUACAGUCACUGAACAAGUUUCUUGCCUGGUUUCGUGCAGCUCAAAGGAGAGAGAGAGUGGACAUUGUAAAUAAAAAAAAGAACUUUACAUUUAAGAUUUUUAGCCCUAGGCACAUAUUCUGGGGUCGGGUUUAAAGUCGUGGUUUAAGUAUGGAUAGCCAAUUGUUCACUAACAAUAGAGAUAUCAUAUUUCAGCUCA